UAUUAUCCAGAUAACAACAUCCGAACAAUACUGCAGUGGCGUCGUGUGCAUGUGCCGUCGUACAACCACUCGAAAUGCAUCACACGGCCAUCAUAGACGUGGUACGUGUCGAGCAUCGUAGCGGCGUCGAGGCAAACGGCAACGAGUCUCCAUUCGCGUUGGCAUUCCUACAGUCUCCGUUACAGCAGCUGGAAGCUGUCAUCCACCCGGGAAACCAGAUGCUGUCAAGUCUUGACUCAAGGUGUCAAGAGGCCGGUUUGUGCGCAGGUUACUUGAUGGAGCUUGUGGAUUGGAUUCGCUGCCCCUGCCUUUUCGGUCGCUGCUGCCUGCUGUCAAGUUCGACGAGAGAGAGCCACUCGGCUGCUGUCCGCCGUGCCUUCUGGUCCGGAACCUCUUUCGUCCGCCCCCAUGGCGAGCGUGGCGCAGUCUCUGCCUCAUUAUUCAUUUGGUCGCCUCGGACUCACAGGAACCACCACCUCGACGAUCAUGUCAACGUUCUCAGCGAUCCGAUUGCCACACCUGUCGACGACCGAGUCGUUCCAGUUGCACCCGCAGCAAUAUCAGUUCGGUGGUAUGCCGCACGCUGCCAACUACGCCAAUCCGGCGCAGGAGCGCAUGGCACUGCCUCCGCUCAAUGUUCUGCCGUCGCGUGCGUACGCGCCGUCGGGCUUCGUACAGAAGCCAAUGCCAGCUAUGGUGGCUUCCCCGGCCGCGACACUAUCGCAUCAGCCAGUUCAGUCGCCGUCUAAGAAACGCGUUCGCGCGCUGCCCAACGCCUCCAAGUCCAUCACGCUGGACAUGCUUCGUCCGCACUUCGAGAAGCCUCUGGCCGAAGUGGCCAACAUCUUCGGUAUCUGCAUGACGCUCAUGAAGAAGAUCUGCCGUAAAAACGGCGUGCCACGUUGGCCGCACCGUCAAAUCCGUGGACUGCGUAAGAGCAUCUGGUCCAUCGAGAAGGCUCUGCGUUGCUGCGAGUCCGAGGCUCAGCGCCGCUCGUACAACGACCACCUGCAGAAGCAGCGAGCGAAGUUGCUCACGAUCCUGAAGGGACCUGCCAGUCCGAACAGCAAGGCUGCGUUCGAACUCGUGCUGUCGGAGCCGUGCUCCCCGAUGGGUGAGGUGGCAACUCCCACCGCGGCCGAGAAGACUCAGAGCCCGAGCUCCUCGGUUGCCAGCCCGGCGGCUCACUUCCAGAUGCCGACGGUGUACCAGACCCAGGCGGUCAAUGGGUCACCCAAGCUGCCGUCGAUCGCGUCGCUCCUGAUCAAGAACGAGGAGCAGCGCCCCAACUACAACUACCAGUUCUAAGUUGUUGUGCCUCUGUGUGAGUCCAAGUCAAUGUCGUGCGCAUGAUCAAGACGGGGGAUAUGUGUUUCAGUGUAGUGAGUCGAGUUGCGUGCUUCAGUAGUGUAGCUUUGUGUUAGGUGGACUAUAAUGGAAGAGUCUAUUAUCUCAAACAUUUCGCUCUGG